UAUGGCUUUUUUGCUAAGUAACGAAGGGAUAAAAGACAAUGACAUGUUGGAUGAAAUUCGGUGUAAUCCUCUCUUUCCUUCUUUGCAGUUAGCUUUACAUACUUAUAUAGCAGGUGAUCAGAAAGUUCAUCAUAUUUGCUCUCAGCCAUUUCCUUCAACUUCAUCAGAAGAAUCUUCAAGUUCAACGGACAAUCAAUUACCGAAGGAUAAUCAAUUACAAAAUAUUCCUCAUACUCUAAUUUCUACUGUUAAUAAUAGAGAAGAAAUCGAAAGGACUGUGUAUAACUUGCACGUGAAUUUGGAGAGGCAAUUUGCCGAAAUCAGAGCUUACAGGAAUUCUCAAAUAAGCGACCUGAUGAAUUAUUACUACAAGCAACGCCAUCUUUCCUAUUACCAUAAGCAAGCAGACUUAUCUAAAGUCGACCCUAAUGACAUAGAAUACAGUAGUAAAGUUGAUGGGAUACAAAUCGACCAUGAUCUUCGAUUAAUUUCAAUAACGCAAAGAAUCCAGCAAGAAUUUGACAUGAUUCGAUCGAAUAUGUUUUAUGAGCCUAACCAGAGAUAUGAGCCUUAUAAUAUGGCUCACAGGCAAAUGCAAAACGAAGUUAAAGCGAAAAGUUCAGGUAGAACUCGCGGUUCUUAUAAGCUGGACCCAAAGGCCACAAAGAUUUUAGAAGAAUGGUGGGCGAAGAAUUCUCAUCAUCCCUAUAUGACUCAAAUGGUUAAAAUAACCAUGUCGCGUCUUAGCGGUCUUACUGUUAAUCAAGUGAAUUCGUGGAUUUCGAAUAAAAGGAAUCGAACAAUGUCUACUCGACCCAAGAGAGCAAAGAUGAGCGAAGGGGUAAGCGUUUAUGAUAGAAAGAAGAGGGCAGAAGAGUUGGUGGAAUAUGCUUUUUCUAGUUAA